AUGUGGUUCGUGCGUGGGCGAAAGAACCCCCCCAGCACGAGGCACAGCACAGUUUUCCGUUUCCUCGUCGUCAUCCCCCGCAUAUUCGGAAGCGAGACAACCCCUUUGCUUUUCAUACACGGCGCCGCCGGUUUUCCCGUGCGUCAGCAGAUGCGGAUCCCCUGGUCAUAUAUUGAGGAUCCUCCCUGCUGGGUUUCGGAUGGGAGGGUUUCUGGAGAGAACAGAUCCCCCCCGGUAACCCCCUCUUUCCUGUCGGCGUCGGGCGCGCCCACGCAUGGCACCGACUUGUCGACUGCGAUGAAUUCCACUCUCGUAUUUGCUUGCGUCAUUGUAGGGGUCGGAAUUGAAGAAAAUUUUCGCGUCCUGGCGUGGGAGGAUUUCAUUCGAGUCCAUGAUUAUCAGAAGAUCGAUGCGAAUCCCCCUUUCCUUUUCCUCCUUUUUUGUUUUCGCUCCCGGCCGAAGCUGCUGCCUCUGGUAGCCGGAAGGGACGAUUUCGUUUCCGGUCAUGUACCUUGGUCGACGGAAAAGCCAAAUCUGUUGAAGAGUGCCGAAUUCGUUGCUUUGCGUGUCGGCGGGGAUCGUGACACUGGAAAUACGAGUGGAUUCGCUGUCGGGACGAUUUGUGUGAAAGUGCUGCUGCACUUUGGGCCAACAGCUUCCGGUUGUUACAGUCAGAUCUCAGCAAAGAAGGUGGGGGGAAAUAUUCGGGAACCAAGGAAUGAACGACCGGAUAAGCAUGGAAUCGCCGAAGAAAAUAUGAAGACCUAUUCCGUGCUCUUAGAAGAGGGAUUUUCUGCUGAGGGAGUCGUGAAAGGAGUGGCGUGGAGGCUUUUCAAGAGAGGCGCUUCAGAUGGUGAGAUAGCGACUGCUGGGUGA